GCGGUAGGAUGUCAGGUUGGGAUCGUGAGGCCUCGCGGUCUGGAUCCGGCGAUGGACGGAUAUAUGUCGGGAAUCUGCCGUCUGAUAUUAGAGAGAAGGAACUAGAGGAUCUCUUUGAUCGCUAUGGUAGGAUCCGGACCGUAGAGUUGAAGAACCGGGGCGGCAGUAGUGCCCCAUUCGCAUUCAUCAGCUAUCAGGACCCCCGUGAUGCAGAGGACGCAGUGUUCGGAAGGAAUGGCUAUGACUUUGGCUCGUGUCGACUACGUGUUGAGUUUCCGCGUUCCUUCCGGGGAUCUGGCGGCGGAGGUGGUGGUGGUGGCGGCGGAUAUGGAGGCUCCCGGGGAAGAAAUGGUCCGCCAUCUCGCCGCUCUGAAUACAGAGUCAUUGUCUCAGGUCUUCCACCCUCAGGAAGCUGGCAGGAUCUGAAGGAUCAUAUGCGGGAAGCUGGUGAUGUCUGUUAUGCUGAUGUACACAAAGAUGGAAUGGGGAUAGUCGAAUUCAUUCGCAAAGAAGAUAUGGAAUAUGCUCUGCGGAAGCUAGAUGAUACAAAAUUCCGCUCCCAUGAGGGUGAAACUUCUUAUAUCCGUGUGUCCCCAGAGAGGAAUACCAGCUACUCUCGCUCCAGAUCCCGUUCUAGAGGGCGUGAUUCCCCAUAUCAAAGCCGUCGCUCGCCUCGUUAUUCUUCUCCCUUUCGACAGUACUGAGUUUCCACUAUAGGGACACUUUCUAUGAAUUGAAUUCUAAAUCCCUUCUACUCAGAACAACAUUCCGCGACUGAUGGAUUUCAUCAACUUUUAUACCAUUUUUUUUUUUUUUUAAGAAAUGUUUUCUUGACAUAAGGUGUGUUUUUUUUUUUUUUUGUUUUGUUUUUUUCUUUUAAGUUCUGUCAUCUUCAAGAAGGCAAAAGGAAAGUAUUGUGCCUCCAAGGAAGAAUGGAUGGCCUGAUCUAAAAUUGUGUUAAAUAGGCUGUGUAUAAUAGCUAUACUGGAAAUAACUAAAGUAGAAUGGAACCAAUACAACCUUAAGGGAAUAUACACGCGUGUCCUUCAUAUAGUUCAAUGCCAUCAUUAUGUUAGAAAGGUACAGUUCGGAAUAACUUUUUAAUCCUGUUCACAAUCAAGUUUGUACGUAUGUUCCUUUUAUUAUGAAAGUGUUUCAGUUAAAUAAAAUAAGCAUCUGUAGCUGUCCUAAUAAACAGUGAGCUGUU